GUUUCUGCCGCCUGUAUCCUCGUCUCGGCUACCUCAGAGCCUGCUUUCUCUGCCGCCGCCACCUCCGCCUCCGCCGCCGCCACCUCCGUCUCCGCCGCCGCCACCUCCGUCUCCGCCGCCAUUGCCUCCUUGGGGUCCUCCGCCUCCUCCUCCGCCCCCUCCUCCCCACCCAGGCCCUCCGUCGCGGAGAAGAAGCCGCGUUCGGUGUCCCUCGCGGGCCCCGGGCGCAGCCAUGGCGGACGGCGGCGGUGGGGGAGCCGGCGCGGUGGGCGGCGGCGGAGCGGGCCAGGCCUCGGCCGGGGCGGCGACUGGCGCGACUGGGGCCGGCGGGAGCGGCGGCCCCAUCAACCCGGCCUCGCUGCCGCCUGGCGAUCCGCAGCUCAUCGCUCUCAUCGUGGAGCAGCUCAAGAGCCGGGGCCUGUUUGACAGCUUCCGCCGGGACUGCCUGGCCGACGUGGACACCAAGCCAGCUUACCAAAACCUGAGGCAGAAAGUGGAUAAUUUUGUGUCAACACAUCUGGACAAGCAGGAAUGGAAUCCUACAAUGAACAAAAACCAGUUGCGAAAUGGUCUGAGGCAGAGUGUGGUUCAGUCAGGCAUGUUGGAAGCUGGAGUAGACAGGAUUAUUUCUCAGGUGGUGGAUCCAAAACUAAACCACAUCUUCAGGCCGCAAAUAGAACGAGCAAUUCAUGAGUUCCUGGCCGCCCAGAAAAAAGCAGCUGUGCCAGCACCCCCUCCAGAGCCUGAAGGCCAGGACGCUGCAGCUCCGUCCCAGGACACUUCCUAAGAAUAUGCCUGACACGUUUUGAAAGUGCCAUUUAAUCAAUGGUGAUGAAGUGGAUUCAUAUACGUAAGAGUACAGCUGCAGAAUGAAGAUAGGUCCAAGGUCAUCAAUGAUGUCAAGAUUUCGGCUUUGACUGUGGGCAGUGUCCAGAUUGACUGAGCAAGUUUGGCAUUGGGGAAGUUGACUGUGUUGCCCUUUCACUGUGCUGCCAUUUGACCAGCCUCUCCAAGGGUGUGAUACCAGUAGACACUACAGAGAGAAACACUACAGCAACCUCUGAGGUUGUCCUGAAACAGACUUUUACAUUUGAACAUGGAGACUGUGCAUGGACUUUAGGGUUUGUGCUCUGGGAUAAACAAGCUAUGGUGAAAGAACAUAAUCAGUCCCAAAGAUAAUUUCAAAGAACAAUGACAGUAGGGUAGCUUGGAGUAGGUAUUUGACAAUGCUUAUUUGAUUUUGUUCUCAGUGUUGCAAACUAUAAUGUACAAGCCACUACCAUCAGAUAGCUUUAAAGUUGUGACCUUCUUGUAUACAAAUCUUCUAGCCAGUUUCCUUUCCCUUAUAAGAGGUGACAAAACUUGGAACCCUAGAAUAUGUGAGGAAGCUCAGACUCUGGGUGUGAGGAAAAACAGUUGCAGGCUCUCUGUCCAGGGCUUCUUCCUGUUCUGCAAGGGCUAGUGAUCUGGGCUGUGUUUACUUUAUUCUUAUGGUGGUGUUUUUUAGAAUGGUCAAUAAAUGGUUUAAGUUUUAUAAUAAAAUCAUUUGGUACACUUA